AUGGCAUCACAGCAGAGUCUCACCCACCACUGUGCUACUCGCUACUCAGUUCUCGCUCCGCGCCAGCCUGAAAUCCUUGUCAUUGCCACGCCGCCGCAGAGCCGUCAACGGCAGCUGUGCUGUGUCAUUAUAGCGGAAAGUCUAAUUGAGUCGCAGGCGAAAGCGGUCCCAUCACACCCCCUCAUUGUGCAGCUAGUCAUUGGAGAGGCGAUUCGACGACUCAGCAGUUUGUCGCUCACGAUCUUACCUGUGUUGGCUUGGAACGAGCGAGGUAACUACAGGGUCGCAAGUCAGGCCACGACCCGUAUUUUGUCUUUGGGGCGGAUUCCCAGCGACGCCCACAGUGACGGACCCGAAGCAGCUGCCACUUUUUCUUUUUGGCUUGAGCCCAGCGCUGGGAGCGGCAAGACACCGGUCCAUCCGCCCGCUUCUGCAUUCCCGCUCAGAUGCCCUGAGUGUCCAUCAGAGGACAUACAUAGCAUGGCCGACGACCGUUACCGUCGAGACUAUCCUCAGCAAGUUCGCCCGGAGGAUCAUUCGCAGUCUUCGCCACACUCUCGUUCUUCUAUCGAAGAAGCUCGACACGGGCCUGACACGCGAGGCACCAUGUCUGCCUCAGUCACCCUGCCUUCCAUUCAGGAUCCUCACGGAGGAGGCUACUCCGGACAGCCUCCAGGAGGCCGUGGUUAUCCCCCAGAUCCACGGUAUGCCUCACCCAAUGGCGGAAAUGGCUUUCCUCCGCCUGGACAAGGUGGCCACCCGCCCGGCUAUCUCCCUCCUCUCCAGCCCGGAUCCGAACACCGUUCGCAGGCGUACCCGCCAGAGCAUCGCAGCAGCUACUAUGACGAUAGACGCCACCCCCAAUAUAGCGACUAUCCGUCCGACUACUACUACCGUCAGCAGGGCCCACCUCCAAACGGCUACCCUCGUGAUUAUCGCGGCGCUCCGCCUGGGUCAUACCCUCCGGAUUUUGGUCAGGGGGUUGGUCCCCAAAUGGCGCAGGCAGCGCCGCGGCAACGCACCUCCAUCGCUUGCAGAUACUGUCGAAAGCGCAAGAUUCGCUGCAGUGGAUACCAGAGCGCUCCCGGAGGCAAGUGCCAGAACUGUGCAAGAAUGAACCAGGAAUGUAUUUUCCAGCCAGUCUCUUCAUCGAGCUCGACAGCCUUUGUUCCUCUCUCCGCGGUUCAAGGUGGUGUUCCUCCUGGCACGCAGCUAUUUGGCGCCUACGGCCAGCCUCUCGCGCCCAACUCUGUUCCCGGCGGUCAUCAUUAUCCUCCUCACCAUGGAGGGCCGCCUCCGCCAGGUGGCGCGUACUACGGUCAGCCCGCGCAAUCGCCAACCGAAACAUACGCAUCCUAUGGUGGGGAUCCCCGAGAGGACCCGUCCAUGGCUGCUGGCAAGCGAUCCAGAGAGGCUAUGGACCGAGAGGAAGACUGGCGACGACAGGCACCUCGGGGUGCUCACGACGAUGACCCGCGCAGACGAUCUCCUGCCGAGUUCUCCAGCAAGAGCAGUCCUGGUGGAGGCCCCUCUUACUAUCCCACCCGCCACAGCCCACACACGACGACCUCUUCCACUGCCGGUCCUCAGUCGCGAUCUCCUGGUGGAAAUGGCUCCAGCGGCUCCUCGACCCCAGUUCGUCAGCCCGGCGUGCCUGUGGCGCAAAGCCAGCAAGCACCGACAUCGAAAAUGAGCUUGAGUAAUCUGGUGGACAAGAACGACAUCGACAAGGGCAUGAUUGAUCGUUUGAAUCGUCCGAGGGACGGGGCCGGGCCCCCGACUCGCGACUAA